AUGGACUCACUUUUUGCUCUAUUUGAUUAAUUCUUUAGAAUAAAUCUGACACAAUAUCCAUAGAAUUAAUAAGCUUAUUUGUCUGAAAGUUGGGAAUAAUUUUUAUGCUUAUUAUAAACAUAACCAUUAGAUUAUGGAAAAAUUUACACAUUGAUAAACAGGAUAAAUUAUGAGGAUUUGAAAGUAGAGAAGAAUGAAAGAUAGAGUUCAAGUUAAAGAUAAAUAGCUAGAAAUAUAACAGCUGCUUCAUCUCCUAGAAUUAUCUCCUCAUCAGUGUCAAAAAAUAGUAACUAAAUUAAUCAUAUAUUUUAAAAGGCACUAAUGUCUUAUCCAAAAUAGCUUAAUUAGAUAGUGUUACCAGUCCUAAAAUAGCUGUUUCCAAUCUAGCUAGUUAAUAAUCUUUAACAAAUAAAACAUCCUUAUAAUAAAAUGUUAAAUAAUAAGUAAAGACUAUACCUCAAAUUAGUAAAUGACAGAUGAAUUUAAUAGACACUUAUUGUUGAGCAAAAUUAAAGAACUUUAAUUUAAUUUCUCUGUUUCAACAGAUAAAUUGUAUGCAAUUGCUAGAAUUACUCAUUCAAGAGGGGAAAAUCAACCGACAUCCAAAUCUCCAAUUAAGUACCCAUUAUCAUAAUAUAUAAAUAAAUCAAGGGGAAGUAAUCAUUCAGCAGAACAUUAUAAAAUUGUUGUUUGA